AGUAAUCGCCGAGCUCUCAGUGCAAUGAAUAAAAAGGUUAUUUAUCUUUUUAAGUUCUCCUGUGCUUGGCCAUCCUAUGACUACUUCAAAUGCUACAAUGGAAAAAAUCUAGCUGUUUCUCAGAAGUGAUGUGAGCAAAGGAAUUAAAAAAGUAAAAUAAGACAGAUGGUUUUUUGUUCAACCAAAGCUUUAUUACAAAGUGCGUUUGUGCUAAUUUCAUCAAGAAUCAAUUUGAUGUACAAAAAGGAACAAAGUGCUAUACAAAAUGCUGCUAAAAGUGUGGAUCGGAUUAUUUAUUUGCUUUCUCUCAAUAUCAGACAUACUGGGGCUGAAGUUAAGAACAGUACGCAUCCCAACGUACAAGUUUCGCAGUGAGUCAGCGCUGCUCGAGUGUCAGUAUGAGCUGGACGGUCAACGAAAAGGACAUGGAUCAAAAGAGACCAGCAACCGGCGCCAUCACGGCUAUCCAAGCGAUCACUUAAACGAGUCAGUUGAAGAAGAGGAAAAGUUGUAUUCCAUCAAAUGGUACAAAGACAACGAAGAGUUCUACCGCUACGUGCCAUCGGCUGCUCAGCCCAUCAAGAGCUACAAAAUCGAGGGUAUUCGGGUUGACCCAAACCACUCCGAUGGAACUAAGGUGCUUCUGAAGGGUCUUACGCUUAAAUCGUCCGGUGUCUAUCGCUGUGAGAUCUCGGCCGAAGCGCCCAGCUUCGACUCGGUACAAGGCGAAGGUCGAAUGGAUGUGAUUUACGUCCCUAAAGAUGGACCGCACAUAAGCGAUGGUGAACGGAAGAGCUACCAGAUCGGCGAAACGAUGGAUCUGAACUGCACUUCUGGUCGUUCCUACCCAGCCUCCACACUACAAUGGUACCUCAAUGAUGUUCUGGUGACAGAUCCCAAUAACAUCAUCCACUACCCACCGGUGCAUAAUCAGCAUGGACUAAUCACUACAUUCCUGGGGCUCACCAUGGUUGUCAAUCAUCGGCAUUACAUCGAAGGUACAAUGCGCAUUAAGUGCGUAGCAAGUUUGUCACCAGUGCUUUGGAGAGGCGGACAGGAGAGCAUCGUCCAAUGGGAGCAACCUGCCAUAGAUAAUCGAAUCGCCAUGCUGCUGGUGAAAAGCAGUGCUGCAAUGAUUAGCUGACACAUUGUGUAUCCGAUAAUUGUUUGUCUAAUUUUCACGUUUAUUACUUGUGUUACGUAAAAUAUGUAAUAUAUUGAUAGCCAUCAUAAACGGCAAAAAACAUUCGAUUAGAUAAGAAUACAUAGAUGACAUCGAUUCUUAAUCAUUUCAUAUCCAUCAUUUACAAUCACAGACAAACAACAGAAAAAGCCAUUGUGGCAUGUAAGAGCUUUUUUGCAAUCAAAAUACGAGAAGGUAAGGCCAUUGUUAAUAAAACUGUAACAAUUGUCUUCAUUAGGAUCGUGGUCACAUUUUAGGAAUGGCGGAUUCGAUUUCUUCGUUUUAAAUCAUUUUUAAGUUUAAAUUAGAAACAGUGUAAAAGUUUUCACUAUUCUAACGUAUAUACUGUCAGCAGAAAAGAGAUUCAAGAGCAUAUGCUCGUGAACUGUUUGAGUACUGGUGAAAUGGGCAUUAUGAUUUGAUUUGCUAGUGAAUAUUCUUACGAUUAACGAUGGUCUGAGAUGGAUAAUUUUAUUCUUAUACAUAUGUUGAUGCGUACGCAUACAUUAAACAAUACGUAGAGUAUUACAACCAAACAUGAGGGCCGAGAAUGUAAAUAUAGAAUAAAUGUAAUGUGAAGAGUAGGAAUAUGGUAUGAAAACCAAUCAUUUGUUAAAUAUCUAGUUAAUCUAGUAUCAUCAGUAACACAGAUCA